AUGGGUUCUAUGUUCAGUGGAAACCGAUUGAGCAAAGAAGAGAUGGAGGUGGUGAUGAACAAGGCCAAAGAGAUCGUCUCCUCGUACCCGGUCGUUGUCUUCAGCAAGACCUACUGUGGUUAUUGCCAGAGGGUGAAGCAGUUGUUGACACAGCUAGGAGCAACUUUUAAAGUGUUUGAGCUCGAUGAGAUGAGUGAUGGAAGCGAGAUCCAGUCAGCUCUAGCAGAAUGGACUGGACAACGCACUGUUCCAAGCGUCUUCAUCAAAGAAAAACAUAUCGGUGGAUGCGAUGGAGUGAUGGAGUUUAACAAGCAAGGCAAGCUUGUGCCUCUCCUUACCGAGGCUGGUGCUAUCGCCAAUAACUCAGCUCAGCUUUGA